GUGGCGUCUAUAAGCUUCUAGUAGCAUCAGCCGCCGCCGAAGGCCCAAAUACAUCUCGCCGCGACCUCGAGCCCUAGCCGCCGACCGCUGCCUUCCUCGUCGCCGUCGUCUCGAGCUCUCAGCGCGUCGCCUGCGUGGAGCUCGGAGCGCCACUGUGCAGGGCAAAUCCCCUACCCCUAGGAGGUUAGGAUCCGACAGGCAUGGCGAAGCAUCAUCCUGAUCUCAUCAUGUGCCGGAAGCAGCCUGGCAUUGCGAUUGGUCGCCUGUGUGAGAAAUGCGAUGGCAAGUGUGUCAUCUGUGACUCAUAUGUGCGCCCAUGUACGCUUGUCCGGGUCUGUGAUGAGUGCAACUACGGCUCCUUCCAGGGAAGGUGUGUCAUCUGUGGAGGUGUUGGCAUCUCAGAUGCCUACUACUGCAAGGAGUGUACACAGCAGGAAAAGGACCGAGAUGGUUGUCCCAAGAUUGUCAAUCUUGGAAGUGCCAAGACUGAUCUCUUCUACGAGCGUAAGAAGUAUGGUUUUAAGAAGAGAUGAUCGAGACGAUGGAUUUGUCAGGUUAUUGGGGCCUCAUGUGUCGAUCUGUCCCCCUGAUGCCUAUUGAGACAGCAGCAUUGUAAUCAUGUUAUGAUUUGAUACUGAUAUGAGGAUACCCCUGAUACUCUCUGUAAUAACUAAUUGUCCUGUAUGAUCUAAGGUAGUGUUUGUUUGGUGGGAUGUCUCUA